UCGUAACUGGAAUAGGUCAACAAGCGCGCAUGAUCAUAUAAAUUAGGCAGAGCUAUGUGAAUAAUCUCCUAUCUUGUCACUAACAUUCGACAAAACCCCAAGGGAAACCUGUCAAAGUGCUGUGGUUCGUAGCCGACUCAACCCCACUAAUACUGAUCCUCGCCUGUGUCGAAAUUCUUUUCUACCAUCCUUGCCUGUCGCAAACUUGACCUUGCUCAUUUUGCUUACGCCUUGAUUUUCCUAGACGCUCACCAUGGAGGGCGCAGGAUUCACAGAAGAGGUCGAUCUCUACGAGCUCCUCUCCAUCGAGAAGACGGCCUCGGGCGACGAGAUCAAGAAGGCCUACCGCAAGGCGGCCUUGAAGUACCAUCCCGACAAGGUCCCCGAGGAGCAACGCGCCGAGUCGGAAAUCAAGUUCAAGGAGGUCACGCAAGCCUACGACAUCCUCGGCGACGAUGACAAACGCCACCUCUACGACACCCACGGCAUGGCCGCCUUUGACAAGUCCCGCGGCGGGCCCGGCGCAGGCGGCGAGGAGGUGGACCUGAACGAUAUCCUGUCGCAGAUGUUCGGCUUCAACAUGGGUGCCGGCGGCCCUGGUGGCAUGCCCGGUGGCGGUGGUCCUAGGAGGCCACGCAAGGGCCCCAACGAGGAGCAGGAGUACAAGGUCACGCUCGAGGAGCUCUACCGUGGCAAGACGGUCAAGUUCGCCGCCAACAAGCAGAUUGUGUGCGGAUCCUGCAAGGGCUCCGGAGGCCGGGAGAAGGCCAAGUCGGCAACCUGCGAUCGUUGCAAGGGCCAGGGCAUGCAGGAUGCGAUCCGCCAGAUCGGCCCCGGCAUGAUGCGCCGCGAGACCGUCCUCUGCGACCACUGCGCGGGCUCGGGCCAGGUCUACAAGGAGAAGGACAGGUGCAAGAAGUGCAAGGGCAAGCGCACGGUGCAGGAGAAGAAGGCGCUCGAGAUCUACAUCCCACGAGGCUCGAUGCACGGCGAGCGCAUCGUGCUCGAGGGCGAGGCUGACCAGAACCCGGAUCAGAUCCCGGGAGACAUCAUCUUCACCUUGGUGGAGGAACCCCACGAUGAUUUCACCCGCCUCGGCUACGACUUGUCGGCGGAGCUCAAGAUCACCCUCGGCGAGGCGCUCGGCGGGUUCUCGCGAACAGUGUUGAAGCAUCUCGACGGCCGUGGUAUCGCACUCGAGCGCCCGAGAGGGUCCAUCUUGAGGCCAGGCGACUGCCUCAAGAUUGAGGGCGAGGGUAUGCCCAUGAAGAAGGGCGAUGCCAAGGGUGACCUGUAUCUCCUUGUGGACAUUGAGUUCCCCGAGGACGGCUGGCUCAAGGACGACAAGGAGUACGACUCGUUACAGAAGAUGCUGCCGCCGCCAAACCCUCCCAUAGAGGCGGAAGAGGUGGAUGAGGUGGAAUAUGAGGAAGACGCAGAUAUUGAGCAGAUGGGGGCCAACUCAGGCGACCCGCGCUUUGCGACCGAGUGGGAGGACGAGGAUGACAUGGAUGAUGGUCAGGCACAAUGCCAGACACAGUAGUUUGCUGGAGGUACAUAGCAGCGAGCAGGAUAACGACGUGACGACGGCUGGCGAAAUCUUGAUAGACGGCAUAGUUGGGGUUGGUGCGCAUGAACAUCACCGCUCAACAAGGUCGCCCUCUGCGACAGCGCAUGCCGGCGCUGGGCGCAAAAUUAACGAAAUAAAGUAUCACUUUCAGCAAGAGCAUUUAAAAGAAAUGGUUUAUUUUAUUUAUCCAUGAA